AUGACUUUGGAAAGGGCUCUCUCUGACUUAGGUGCCAGCAUCAAUUUGAUGCCUCUCUCAAUGAUGAAAAAGCUUGUAAUAGAGGAAGUUAAACCCACCAGAAUGUCAUUUCAAAUGGUAGAUAGAUCACUCAAGAUACCUAAUAGAGUUGUAGAGAACUUAUUGGUAAAGGUUGGGGAAUUCAUCUUCCCUGCCGACUUUGUCAUCUUAGACAUGGAAGAAGAAAGGCACAACUCAAUUAUCUUGGGACGACCUUUCUUAGCCACAGCAAGGGCUAUCAUUGAUGUGGAAAAAGGUGAAAUGAUCCUCAGGGUGCAUGAUGAGCAAAUGAUCAUCAAUGUCCUUAAAGCAAUGUAA